AUGCUUAAUCUCUCCCUCUCUCAUCAACUAGGAGCCUACUUAGACUGUUUCCCGUUUCCGGUUUCCUUUCCAGAGAUCUGCUGCUGUCAGAAUAACGGCGAAUUCCGUCGAAUCGGACCGAUAUGCGACGGUGAAGCAAACGGAAGUAUAACUGAAAAACCAAAACAGGAUACUAUGUUGCAGAUCAAAGCUGGUCUCCAGUCCACACCGGCAGAGUUGAUUUUUGGUCGCACAUUGCAUCUUCCAGAAGAAAUGGUGACACAGACCUCACCAACUGACUUUAACUACGGUGAAUAUGCAGAUCGUUUGGUAUAUCGUAUGCGCCAGUUGCAUAUUCAACCACCUCGACAGCAAACACCCCUGGACUACCUCCCCCUAGAUUAG